AUGAGGACAUUUGCUUUCAUAAUCUUGUCAUUAUUUCUUGCAAGUAGUGCUUUUGCGUUUCUUGAAGUUGCAUUGUAAAGAAAGCAAAACGAAUUGAAAAUAAAAUAUACUGAAAUUGCACAAAAAUCUAAAUAAAUUAAAACUUGCCAAAAUGAUAUUUUGAAGUAUAAAUACAACACUACAGUUAUAACUUAAAUGUGCUAUCAUAAGGAUUUAGCCUUUACUAUUGAGUCUUUGAUUGGAGACGUAAAUUUCAAUUAUGAGGUUGCUGCUAUUGCAAUAGAUCUCCAUUCACCAUUAUCUUGGCUUAAAUCAUCUAAAUGCUAAUCAUGUCCUGAAGAAACUCCUAUACCAACUUUUAAAGCAUCAUAAAAUUUGACUUGUUCAAAUAGCUGCUUGUUUGAACUCACUUAAUCAAGCUAUAUUAUCACAAACAAGUACAGAUUUAACAAACGUGGGUCUAUUGUAUCAAACAACAUGUAUUUAUAUGGUGAGUAUAUAUCAAGCAAAUUUUCUUUCUUGGCAUAUGACCCUAAAAAGAAGAAAUCUAUGUUCAGAUAUAUUGAAGAGUAGUUAAAGAAAGACACUUUUGAAAAGUAUGAAGACUUAAUCACUUUCCCUAACUUAAAAAUGAUAGGAGCAGAAAAGAUGAUUGGGUACAAAAACUAUCCUGCAGAUGGUGCAAUCGGAUUAGGAUUAAACAAAAUUUAUAAAGGCGAUACUAAGGUUGAAUAAAAUACUGAUAUUAUGGAAGCUUUGAACAGCUCAGUUGAGCAGAUAAACAAUAGAAUAUUUGGUAUUUACAUAAAUGAAAUUGGUGAUAUUUUCAAAGAUUAUGUUCUUAUUAUGGGAGGUAUAAAUGAUAAAUAUUCACACAAGAAUCUAGAGGAUAUCUAAUAUGUUCCAGUCAAUUAAGAAACUUCUUAUUAUUGGAGUCUACCUCUAACUGAAUUAUCUUUCAACGUACCUUCUGCAAAGGUAAACUCUUAAGGACUAAGUGAAGAUUUUAAUGUUAUUAAACCAAAAAAAUAAAAUGCAAUACUUUCUUUAAGCACAUCGUUCAUUGCCUUGCCUAAGGACGAACUUAAUUAACUUAUUAGUAUCAUUAACCGUUAUGGGGAGUCUAAUUGCAAAAUUGUUGAUCUUACCUACUUUGCUGUUUAUUGCACCAAUUUCCACACUGAAACUUUAUAGUUGAUGGAAAUUAGUUUAAGCUUUUAGGGUGGAACAAAGCUAGUAUUAGAUUACAAGUAAUUAUAGAGACAAUGUGAUGUUGAUGAAAAUUAUUAAAAGGAAAAUCGUGAUGAUAACGAUUGCUUAUUAAAUAUUUAACUUUCUCCUACUGAUAACAUAAUUCUUGGAGAACCAUUUUUGAAAAAGCAUUACACUAUUUUCGAUUAAGAGUAAAUGAGAGUUGGAUUCUUACCUGCUGCUGAUAACACCUAUUGGAGAAAGGAAUUUUAUUAACCUCCUAGUUUUAUUAAGUAUCUCAUUAGAAUUGUCAUUGCUGUGUUCACAUUAGGUAUGUGCUUUAUAGUUUGCAUCUCUUAAGUUACAAGAUUCUGCAAGUGGUUCAGAAGAAAGUGGAGAGAAGAGGAUUCUGGUCAUUAUUCAGAAAAAGUUUCAUUUGCAAGACAUAAAGACGAAAUAUCAUACGACGAUAUUGAGUUAUCAAUGAGAGAAUAAGCUAUGAAUGAAUUAAAGAAAUAAUAAUUUGAAGAUACCAACGAUUUUGCAAAUACUCAAUUCUAAGAAGACAGUAGCUCUCACAUUGAUAUUCGUGAUUAUGAGGAUAAUUAAAAUAUUAAUAAAAAUGCUGAUUUCCCUUCAAUUCCUAAACCCCGUGGUGCCCAAUAGGCUGAUUUAAUUGAAGUUGAAUAAGUCCAAUCUUUUGAUCAUGGAUUUAAUUUUGUUUAGACAAACAAUCAACCAAAUAACAACAAUAAUAGCCAAAAUAAUAAUCAAAAUACUAGUAACAAUAAUAAUAAUGGUUUUGAAUAGCAUGAAGAUAUUUCAAUUUCUUUAGAUGAUGGUAACCAACCUAAAACAAAUAACAAUAAUUUUUGA